AUGUCUGAAGCAGUAACCGAGGAGCAAAAAGUAGCUGCAGUAGAAGAAGAAGAAGAAGAGGCGGUGGAAUUGGCAAUCGAAUCGGUACAAGAGUUGGCCGCCAAAGUGCUUGGUUUCGCACCGUUACAAUUAGCCGAUGAUGUGUAUAAUGUGAUCAAUGAUAAUCUCGGUCAGUUAAUUGAUCGCUUCGGUGAAAAACUGACAGAACGGUAUGGAACAAAGUUGAAUCCAGAACGAAUCGAGAAGUUGAUUAAUUUGUUCAAAUACAAACUUCAAGCGCAACAGGACCAUUUAUUCGACCAGUUUGAUAAAUUACUCGUGGGUAGGCUUCUCUACGUGGAGCCGGAUGUUGUACUCGAAGAGGAUCGGUGUCAAUUACGGUACUCGGAGAAACGGGACAAUGCAACAAGGGAACGUAUCCAGACCUAUUUGAAACGACUGACAGCUGUACGUCCAACGCACGAGAUCUUUUUACACAUGCGUUUUUAA